AUGACAACUUGGCGUGUGCUGGAGCCCAUUAGCCGUGGAGACCGCUCUGCCUCUAUGCUAUAUAAUCGACCGUUGAAGCGUCGUGCGGAGGUCCCCUUGAGCCCCUGCGUGUGUCCUGACUCCAUCGCCGUGCUUUGUCCUCAACAGAGGCCGCCCUCGUCGUCACUGUCGUACGGCGGUGCGGUGAACGACGACGUGCGAUCGCCCGGCUCCGGCGGCACGCCAGGGCCCCUCAGCCAGCCGCCGCCGCAGACCCUCGACGCCACAGAUCCAGGUAACCCACUCUCUUCUGAUGGUGUGGUCGCUGUGGACGGUGCGCCACUUUUCCUCACACCCCUUACAUGCAAACUCGUCGCAUCGUUGCAGACGGUGUCAAAAUAUAGGGCCCACAUUAAAGUGGAAAUUGCUAAUCUGCUUCCCGCUCUGCAUGACGGGCUCUUUGAUGGCAUUCUAUCGGGCGCCAGACGAUGGUCGAGGGUCGGAUUCCUCUGGCGCGCGGCGUCUGGCCAGCCGAAAGGUGAGGGGUCGCCACACAUCGGGCGGCGCGCGCCGAGAGCCGCCCACGCGGCGCGCACCCGCCAAUUAACAUGUCUACACUCCGAUCUAGAUCCGGCGCGGCGCGUCCGCACCCUUCAGCGGCCAAUUCAAAGC